AUGGGCUUGCUUAGCCAUACCUCGAAAGCUACUCUCACGGAGAAGAACCUCCCCGAUCAAACGGGCAAGGUAUUCAUCGUCACCGGCUCAUCGAGCGGUAUUGGCAAAGACCUCGCCGAGAUUCUCUACGCUCACAACGCGAAGAUCUACAUCGCCGCUCGCUCAGAGGACAAGGCCCAAAAGGCGAUAGAAGAGCUCAAGUCCAAGCACAAGGACUCUAAGGGGGAUCUGGUCUACCUCCACCUCGACCUCGACGACCUGACGACCAUCAAAGCCUCGGCCGAGACUUUCCUCGCCCGCGAGAAGUGCCUGCACGUGCUCUGGAACAAUGCGGGCGUGAUGAGACCGCCGCAGGGCAGCCAGACGAAGCAAGGAUACGAGCUCCAGAUCGGCACCAACAACGUCGCGCCCUUCCUGUUCACGAAAUUGCUCACGCCACUGCUGCAGGCCACGGCCAAGACAUCGCCUCCCGACAGCGUCCGGGUCGUGUGGGUUUCCUCCUCGGCCGCGAAGAACUUUGCGCCGGCCGGAGGGCUGGACGUCUCCAACCUGGACUACCACGUCGACAAGGGCGCGUGGCAGAAGUAUGGCAUCAGCAAGGCCGGGAACAUCUACCACGGCAAGGAGUACGCGCGGCGAUUUGGAAAGGACGGCAUCAUCAGUGUUAGUCUUGAUCCUGGGCUCUUGAAGACGGACCUGUACAAGCACCUUCCGUGGUGGCAGGGCGGCGCCAUCAACAUGCUGCUGAGUGACCCCAUCUUCGGCGCCUACACCGAGCUCUUCGCGGGCCUGUCGACUGACAUCAGCAUGAAAAACAACGGCUCUUUUGUCGAGCCCUGGGGCAAACUGGUCAGCGCCAGGAAAGAUAUCGAGCAAGGGAGCAAGCCGAAGGAGGAGGGAGGAACCGGAGUCGCCCAGGACUUCUGGGACUGGACCGAGGAGCAAGUUGCGCAGUACUUGUAG